CAUCCCACAUUGCUGGGAUGCACAGUUCCCUUCUGAUCUCAGUUCAUGCACAGAAAGACCCUCAUUGUCAACACAGAAACCAACAGAUACAGGCUGGUGGCAUGUAAGGAGAGAGGUUGUUGGUUUUUUUUUAUUUAAGUGGAGGCCUAAUAGACAAGGAUUGAAACUGAGCAUCCCAUCAUGAACGUUAAACAGCCCUGCAUCUUUCUCAGAGGAGGAGACAAGAGGAGAAAAUCAAGAGAUCUCACACAAGAUGAGAUAGAAGAGUUACGAGAAGCCUUCAUCGAGUUUGAUAAAGACAAAGAUGGCUUCAUCACCUGCAAAGACUUGGGGAACCUGAUGAGAACCAUGGGCUACAUGCCAACUGAAAUGGAACUGAUUCAGCUGGGCCAAAACAUUAACAUGAACCUGGGGGGACGGGUGGACUUCGAGGAUUUUGUAGGUUUAAUGACCCCUAAACUUCUGGAUGAAACAGCAGGGAUGAUCGGUUUGAAAGAACUGAAAGAUGCUUUCAGAGAAUUUGACAUCGACGGCGACGGUGCGAUCACGUCUGAAGAGCUGAGGUUUGCCAUGAUGAAGUUAUUAGGUGAACAAACCAGCAAGGGUGAAAUAGAUGAAGUGGUUCGAGAAGUUGACAACAACGGAGAUGGAAAAGUUGACUUUGAGGAGUUUGUGAAUAUGAUGUCGAAGACAUGAGGACAACGGGAUGAAGACAGGAGAAGAUAUGUUCUAUACUGCCUCCUUGUUAAGAAUCACUUUGUUUUCUUCUUAUUAAAGGUAUAUAAGCAUCGUCCGUGAUAAUGUUAUACUCAGAAUCUUAAAACAACAAAUACCAUUUUUGUUUAAACAAAAUCAAUAUAAAUUUACAUCAAGAGUCCUAA